UGGUUCAAACCUAACCUAACUUUACCGCGACGCUUCUUUCUGUCAACACGUGUGUUUGCAAUAAACAACAAACCAUAGAAAAAGGUUAACAACAAACAAUAAAAAUGGGUAAAAUAAAAGUCGAAGCCGAUGAUACCGAUGGAAACAUUUCAGUAAAAGAGGAGGAAUUAUCAUAUGAAGACAAGGUUUUGAAUUGCAACGAAAUUGCCUCGCCGAUGGCCUCCAAAAAGCUGGCCAAAAAGUGCUACAAACUCGUUAAGAAAGCUAUCAAACACAAGACUUACGUACGAUGUGGAUUAAAAGAUGUGCAAACCAGGAUUCGCAAGGGUGAAACUGGAAUUGUUUUAUUUGCUGGUGAUGUCACCCCAAUUGAUAUUAUGUCCCAUUUGCCUGGGGUGUGCGAAUCAAAACAUAUCCCAUACGUAUACACACCCAGUCGAAAGGAUUUGGGGGCUGCCAUGGGAGUUAAACGGGGCUGUUUGACUGUAUUAAUAAGGCACAAUGCUGAGUAUGAGGACACUUUCAACGAAUUAAAAGAAGAGUUGGCAACUUUAGGACUUAGUUUGUAGAUUUUCUAAAAUAUUGAAUAGGUUUUUAUUGGUAAGUUUCAUUACUAUAUUUAUAGUGAUAAAUAUAGAUACAUAAGGUUUGUUAUUGAACAAAAUGUGAAUUAAGUUACAAAGAUAUAAAGAAAUAUACAGAUAUUUAAUA